ACUGACAUGCAAAUAUUUUUAAAGCUUUUAAUCCGUUACCUUGUGAUGUCUUGUUGAAGUAAAGCUUUAUCAGUAGAAGAAAUUAAAAAAAAAAGAAAAGCAUUGUAAAGACAAUGAGUACAGAAAUUGUUAUGAAGGCUUUGUAGCUACAAAUGUAUGUUGCUGCUUUUCAAAAAGAAGUAUCAAUGUUUUAAAUUUACAUUUUCUACGUCGCGCUUACUUCGAAAAAUUUGGCAGCCAUAUUGACUCACUGAAAUCUCCCUGCUUUGGCACAUUGCUGUAAUUAGAGAUAGCGGUGAAUUUUCUUUCAAGAGGAAUUUGAAAUUUCAAGAAGACGAGUUCUUAAAGUGGACUGAACUUUUUUUAUUUUAUAUUUAAUUAUGGCUUCAGUACAAGCGGAAACACUUAUGAAUCCAAAUCAUAAUGCUGGUAGUCCAAACAGACUUGGAAUGCCUUUAAAUUCCAAUGCUAUAACAAGAGAUAUGAUGGCCGAUGAUAUGGGAUGGAAAGCAAAGCUAAAAAUUCCUCCUAAAGACAAAAGGAAAAAAACAUCUGAUGUCACAGACACUAAAGGAAAUGAAUUUGAAGAUUUCUGUUUAAAAAGGGAAUUAUUAAUGGGCAUCUUUGAAAAAGGUUGGGAGAAACCUUCACCUAUACAAGAGGCUAGUAUUCCUAUUGCUCUUUUGGGAAGAGAUAUACUUGCGAGAGCAAAAAAUGGCACAGGAAAAACUGGUGCAUAUAUUAUUCCCAUUCUUCAAAGAAUAGAUAUCACUAAAGACUAUAUACAAGCUCUUGUGAUAGUUCCAACCAGAGAAUUAGCUCUUCAAACAAGUCAAAUAUGUAUUGAAUUAUCAAAGCAUAUUGGCGCUAGAGUAAUGGUUACCACUGGAGGCACAAAUCUUAAAGACGAUAUUAUGCGAAUAUAUGAAAAUGUUCAUAUAAUCAUUGCAACACCUGGACGAAUAUUGGACCUAAUGGAAAAAAAUGUCGCAAAGAUGGAUAGAUGUAAUGUACUGAUUUUAGACGAGGCAGACAAGCUCCUUUCCCAGGAUUUCAAAGGGAUUUUGGAUAAAGUUAUUAGCUAUUUGCCUACUGAUCGUCAAAUUCUGCUUUAUUCUGCUACUUUUCCCUUGACUGUGGAACAAUUUAUGAAGAAGCAUCUCUCAGAUCCUUAUGAAAUAAACCUUAUGGAUGAAUUAACUUUGAAAGGUGUGACACAGUAUUAUGCAUUUGUGCAAGAGAGGCAGAAAGUACAUUGCUUAAACACAUUGUUUUCAAAGCUACAAAUAAACCAAUCUAUAAUUUUUUGCAACUCUACACAACGAGUGGAGCUUCUUGCAAAGAAAAUUACUGAAUUGGGAUAUUCAUGCUAUUACAUCCAUGCAAGAAUGUCACAACAGCAUCGUAAUCGUGUCUUCCAUGACUUCCGUGCUGGUCUAUGUCGGAAUUUAGUUUGUUCAGAUCUUUUUACAAGAGGAAUAGAUAUCCAGGCUGUGAAUGUAGUGAUAAACUUUGAUUUCCCGAAAAUGGCAGAAACAUACUUACACCGCAUUGGUCGAUCUGGAAGAUUUGGCCACCUGGGAAUUGCUAUAAAUUUGAUAACUUAUGAUGACAGGUUUAAUCUGCAUCGCAUUGAACAAGAAUUAGGGACAGAAAUCAAACCAAUUCCAAAAGUCAUUGACAAAAGUCUUUAUGUAUCGGAAUUUCAAUUUGAUGAGACUGAAAACAUCCACUAAAUGCUCACGAAACGAAUGUUAGACUUUUUUAAAUCAGCUGUGAGACCUCUUUUGAAGAAACUCGUUUUUGUGGAUGAGUGCUUGUGAAUCAUGUGGCAUAGUCUGCCAGUAUUUAUUUUUAUGCUAUUUAUUUAUUGUGAUUGAAUAUGAGGGCACACACAAGAGGUUUCAAAAGUAUUCAUUCUAGGAAUCGACAAAACCUGUGCCUUGUUACAAAUUAUGUGUUACUUUUUUUUUAGAAAAAUCAAUCUUGUUUUAUGUGGUGCCUAGCGAGAAAGCGUUUCAUGAAUGAAAUUGUCGCUUUAAUUUUCAUUUGAAAAAAAAAUCUUUUAUCUGAAGUCGUCUCUUGCAUUGUUACCCACGUCAUGCUGCCAAGAAGAGUUAUGUUCAUAAGAAUUUUCACAGCUGUGUAAAUAUGUACAGUGGGACUUUUGUGUUAAUGGUGUCAUGUCUUGUAAAUAUACACCCCAAGUUAAAGUUGAUGACUUCUCAUCAGCACUGUUUCACAAUACACUAUGUUAAAACAUGUUUUGAAGAACAGUUGUUUUCUUCAAAGACUAUGCUCAUCUGAGAAGCUGGCCACUCUUUACUAGUCUUGCUGGCUGAUUGUCCUGGAACAUGUCAUUGCCGAGCGUACCUAUUUAAGAAAAAAAUAUAUAUAAGAACAGUGUAGAUAAAUUUUUAUGUGGCACUUUCUGCUUUUCAGAUGGGCAUUGCUCUCAUUUGUAGGUUUUCUACACCUAUUUUUGUAAACUUAAAAAAUUUCAUCUGAAUAGGUAUUUCUCUGGAUAUCUUUUUCAUCCCUUUUUAAAGGCAGCACUUUUUACUUGAAAAAUGUUCACUUCAUUUUAUUCUGAAAAUCUGAGGUUUUAAGUGAACAUGACAAACAAAUCAAAGAAGCAUUUUUUCCUUCGCGUUUUCUAUUUUCGUCCAGAGAAAUAUCUUUCAGUUUAGUGUAAAUAUUAUAUAUAUUCUAUAUUUAAAAUGUGGCGAGGUGAUCUUGAGUCCAAUGCACCUAAAAAGGAGCGUAACAAUAAUGGAUCAUGUGAAAGGAGAGCUUGCGUGAUGGCCAACUCAAAUGGCAGAAACCCUAGGAACUCUCCAUUCUUGAGACCAGGUGCCAAUAGGUGUUUUACAACCUCUUAAAACAAACUUAAUGCCACUAGUAACGAAAUGGUGCACAAAGUUGUCUGCAAGUUUUACUUUCGACGGGAUAUGGAGCCAAAAUCGCACAGGAUGUGAGAAGCUCGACAGCCGAGAGGAAUAUUAAAAGUUGAAUUUUUCCGCAGAAUCUCUGCUUUUCUAAAACCUCAGAUUUUCAGUGGAUAGCAAAAUAAAAAACAAAUCCCAAGUUUGCAAACUUUUUGGCACUUUUUUUUUCUCCCAGUUGAAAUUCACAAACUUGGCAUUUGUCUUUUGAUUUUAGUCCGAGUAAAACCCAUUUGUGGAAGACAGUAGAAUCCGUUCUAAUGAUAAAUACUUGAAGCUUAAAUUUAAUUUCCUUAGUUUUUACUCUUAAAAUUGCCUGUCUUGCAUCAUAUGGUUGAGUUGGAGGAAAGCCACGGAUGAUCCCCUGUUGGCUUGCUCAGUGUUUUACUCGGAUAGGGAGGAGUUUUCGUUGUGUGGCGAGUGGUAUGAACGAAGUGGAUCACAAAAUUAAUCAGAAAACUCUUGUUAAAAAUAAACAUUUGGCUUAUGUUGAAUUAUUUCUCUGUAUCCGAGACAGUUUGAUCUAAACUUAAAAGUUUUCUGAAAUAAAAAAAUUCUGAUUGGC